AAAAACCACCCCCAUCCCCACCACCACACUCUCUCUCUCUUCUCUUCAAAUAUUUACAUAUAUUCUCACUAAAAAAAAAACCAUUCUCAAUCACAUUCACCACCAUCACCAACACCAACACCAUCAUUAUCAUCAAUCAACAACUAGUACUAUUACCACCUACUCUUAUGGAAAUUCACAAUAAAACUCAUUGUUCUUCUUCUGAUGCAAACUUCUUCUCCUGCUCUUGCUCCUGCUCCUGGUUUUCUCUUUUGUUUUAAACCUUAUUUUAUCCAUCUUUCUUCUCUUUACCUAAAAUUUUCCAGAGCUAUAUUCGUAAUGUAGUUAGUUAUUUAUCUCAAAAACUAUUCACAAAUUUUCCAGAGCAUUUGUUUGUUGAAAAACAUUGCGGAUCUACAUUAACAGUAGCACAUGAAGAAUUCUUACUGGCAUAAGCAAAUAUGGAGCAGCGGCGGCGGCGGCGGGGGGAAGGCAGGGAGGAGGCUAUCGUUGGGUGAGUACAAGAGGGCGGUGUCAUGGUCGAAGUAUCUGGUGUCUCCGGGGGCGGCGAUAAAGGGGGAAGGGGAAGAGGAAUGGAGUGCGGACAUGUCGCAGUUGCUGAUUGGAAUGAAAUUUGCUUCUGGGAGACAUAGUAGGAUUUAUAAAGGGGUUUAUAAGGAGAGAGAUGUGGCGAUUAAGCUUGUGAGUCAGCCGGAGGAGGAUGAGGAUUUGGCUUGUUUUCUUGAGAAGCAGUUUACUUCUGAGGUUUCUUUGUUGCUUCCUUUGCGCCAUCCCAAUAUCAUUACUUUCGUUGCUGCUUGCAAGAAACCUCCAGUCUUUUGCAUAAUUACUGAAUAUUUGGCUGGGGGCUCAUUGAGAAAAUACCUACAUCAUCAAGAACCGCAUUCAGUUCCGCUCCAUCUUGUUCUGAAAUUAGCCCUAGACAUUGCGCGGGGUAUGCAGUAUCUUCAUUCUCAAGGGAUAAUUCAUAGGGAUCUCAAAUCAGAGAAUCUCCUGUUAGGGGAAGAUAUGUGUGUAAAAGUAGUAGAUUUUGGCAUCUCCUGCCUGGAAUCUCAGUGUGGCAGCGCGAAGGGAUUUACCGGAACCUACCGAUGGAUGGCUCCUGAAAUGAUCAAAGAAAAGCAUCACACCAAGAAAGUAGAUGUGUAUAGUUUUGGCAUAGUUCUAUGGGAGCUUUUAACUGGACUGACACCAUUUGACAACAUGACACCAGAGCAGGCGGCAUAUGCAGUUUCCUACAAGAAUGCAAGACCACCAUUGCCACCUGAAUGUCCUUGGGCAUUUAGCAACCUCAUUAAUAGAUGCUGGUCAAGCAAUCCAGAUAAAAGGCCACAUUUUGAUGAGAUAGUUUCCAUUUUGGAGAAGUACACAGAAUCACUUAAGCAGGAUCCAGAAUUUUUUGCAACUUACAAACCGCGUCCUGCUAGUACAAUUCUGGGAUGGUUUCCAAAAUGCAUUGCUUGCCUUAUGUCUGCUGCUUGCAAAGCGUAGCAGGAGAUUCUACUGGUCAAGCAAUAGCUGAGUUUUCUGUAAUGUGACUGAAGAAUUGUCUUAUACUCAAUCUCAUGAACGAAGAAGAUGGUCAAUUGACAAAUAUAGUCUCUUCAGUUUUAGUGAUCUCUUUUAAUAAGUUACUUAUGCCAUUAUUAAUGGCUACGUAUUGUGUCUUUCAUUUUUACUUAGUUUAGUUGUAUUUUUGGUCUUCUUAAUUUAGAUCAAGUUUGAUUUUGUUUUUUA